AUGGUACUACCCUGUGUGCAUAUGUUGAAGUUGAAAAGCACCUCAAAAGAGCUGGCGUUCACCGGAUCAACACAAAUCGGUAGGACUGUACUCAAUCUGGCUGCAAAAAGCAAUCUAAAACCAGUGACAUUAGAACUUGGAGGAAAAUCCCCUUUCAUCAUUUGCAAGGACGCUGAUAUUGAUAAGGCUGUGGAGGUGGCACAUUUUGCCCUCUUCUUCAACCAGGGUCAAUGCUGUAAUGCUGGUUCUCGCACUUUUGUGCAUGAGAGCGUGUACGAUGAAUUUGUGGAGAAAGCAAAGGCACGGGCUAUGAAACGCGUUGUUGGAGAUCCUUUCAAGCCAGGUGUGGAGCAGGGUCCUCAUAUUGAUACCAAGCAAUUCGAGAAGAUUCGCACAUACAUCAAGUCUGGUAUUGAAAGUGGAGCCACUCUUGAAUGUGGAGGUGAAAGACAUGGCUCCAGAGGAUUUUUCAUUCAACCCACAGUUUUUUCAAAUGUGCAGGUAAUAUUGCUGUUGCUACUUGAAUAG